GAGCAAAUCUCGGUCAAAUUUUGACCGAGCGGGUUGGCUCGAGUGCACUGCGCUGAGUCGAUCGGCCCGGUUGAUUGGUCGGCUACUGGACAAACGGCUAGCUUACCAAUUGAUGAGAGGGUUCCACAUGCGUUAGUGCGAGAAAAACUGUCAGCGUCUCGGAUCCCAAGAAAGGAAUACUCCGAAGUCUCAACCCACGUUCACCUAAGAAGAUUGCCAACGAAGAGGAGCACAUACCCAACUUCACCCUACCUUCCUGCCGGCCAUUUUCUUGAACCCCCGGCCCCCUCGCCCAUUUCCAUAACUGCAUCAAGUCUAUCAAUUUCAUCGAGUCUAUCGAGCCCGACCCACACUUCGAAACGCCCUUGCUCGCUCCUUCUGGGCCCUUGUUUCAAUCUUGGGUUGACAUUGGCUCCACUACCAUCCAUAGGAGCGUUUUGGUCCCAAAUCAAAUCCGCUUGACUUGGUUGGCCCGCCCACCCGUUGUUUCCCCGCCGUUGGUUAUCCCCAAGGUUUUGACUCGACUGAUUCGAGAGCCCCCUCCCCGAGAGCCCGAGAAGCCGAGGCAAGUCUCCCCUUUCGACAGCACCAUUGCAUUGCAAUCCACCCAACCUUCGCCGAUACAUUCGCCACUCGUCUUUGGAAACCGGUUCUCGUGUGUCCUAGUCGGAAUUGCUAUCCGACCCGGGCUCGCUUCUCUGCCAGGGUCAGGUCCACCCCACCCCCGCUGGUUCGGGUUCUGGCCAUGGGUCCACAAAACGCCCCAUCCACUCAUAACGCUUCGCGUCUGAAUGUUAAACCUGGCAGACCCAGCGGUUGUACCUCAGCUCCCCCACGCCGUCAUCACCGACCGGCUCCACCGCCUCCCAAAGCCAUGCCGCCCCAUUUGCGGGAGCACGUCAAAGGGUCGGUGGACACGUUGCCGCCUGAAGUGGAUCCUGUGGGUGCACUGGCGGCUUCCUUUGCACGUUUAGGUCUUGGGCUCCGCACCCACACCCGCACCACCCAUGUUUUAUCAUUGCCCGUCAGCCCACGCCAUGGUUCAUUCCCUCCUAAGGUGACCCGUCCGUCCCAUCAGUCCUCUCCUUCUUCGUCCACGGUGUCUCUGUCCAGUGUCAUUUGCGAUGAUCCGAACGAUCGAGCCUUGCCCCAAUCGAACUUUACCGCUCCACCACUGGUUUUGCGCCACCCAGUGGCCCUGGUCCAAUCGGUACACAAGGCUAAGUCUAAGUCCAAAGUAGUUUCGGCCCGGCCUUCGACUGAACCCAUACCGACCAAUUCUUCGGGGGCCAAAAGUUGCGAGGGGAAUGAAGAUUUCAAAGUCCAACUUCAAGAACUUCAUCCUUCCGCCCAAUUGCGCGUAGAGCUGCCGUUUGACAAUAAUGGCAAUAUGUACCAGGUUCGAACGGUCGUCUCGGAAGAGGUAUUCAUUGGUCGAGCCACCACGGAAGAAGAAGCCAUCGACAAAUGUUGUCGGAAGGCGGUACGCUUCAUCAAGCAAUAUUGGGAUCCUCAAGCUCGUCAGGCUCUGCCUCCUUAUAAACGACCCCAUAAAACUACCACAACCAGUUCCGAUGUUGCAAAGAAAACGAACUCUAGACGAAAAGGGGAAAGUGACGUCAAAAAAUCAAGUUCUCGAAAGAAAAAAAAUCGGCUGAUAUCCGAAAAUCCCAAUGAGAUUCCCAUCGGACCAAAACAAGGGAAGAAUGCCGGAAAACCUAAAAUGCUAGACCAGGGCAACAUUCAGGAAUUUGAGCCAGACCUGGAUGUAGAAAGUUUGAAUGAAGAAACGUAUGAUCUCAAUCUCGAAGAUAACUUUCCCAAACUUAAAGCCAAUGUCCCUAUCAAAAACGCCGUUAUGAUGCUCAACGAAUUGUUCCCACCGCCCAAAGGUCCACAAUAUAAAGUCACCUCGCAAACUGGUCCACCAAACAACCCUACUUUCACCAUGGUUUGCACGAUCAAUAACCGGUGCUUCAGUGGUGAAGGCAAAUCUAAAAAGGAAGCGAAACUCUCUUGUUCCCAAAGAGCCAUCGAGGUCUUAUAUGGAUACAAGAUAUGCGAGACUCGUUCACUCCCCGAACGUAGCAAUCCUCGAGCCAAUUGUGAUUUGGAUGAUUGGAUGGAGUUGGAGGGGAAAAAUCCUGUUUCAAUUCUGAAUGAAUUAUACCCCGGCAUUCAGUAUCAGCUGGUUGCGUCCACUGGUCCUUCUCAUGCUCCUCAGUUCGUCAUCAAGGCAUCUUUGAAUGAAAUGUCUUUUGAGGGGUCGGGCAAGUCCAAAAAAGAUGCCAAAUUGAACGCCUCCAAGGCGUUGUUAGUUCAUUUGCACAAGGUGGGGUUUGAUCCUAUGACUGGCGAUAUGAUGAGUACUCAGUUAAACAACAAUGAUGCGGCUCAAGGACACAGCUUUGCUGAUCAAAUCGGUCAAUUGGUGACGGCUAAAUAUCAAGAGCUAUUCGGCACAACCACAUACUCCAAGCGUCGCGUCAUGGCUGGGGUUGUAAUGACACGAAAUGGGGACGUCCAAUCUUCGGGAGAGGUCAUUUGCGUGAGUUCGGGCACCAAAUGUAUUAAUGGCGAACAACUUUCUUUAGAGGGAUGUGUGAUAAAUGAUUCUCACGCGGAGAUCGUCACCCGAAGAUGCUUAUUGGUUUUUCUGUACUCUCAACUGAAGCUAUUGGCCAAUGUUGAAGAAGCCGAUAAAUCAAUCUUCCAGAAGCCCAGAGGGCCUGGGUGGUUAGCCGAGUUGAAAAAAGGCAUAGAGUUCCAUCUAUUUAUUACCACUUCGCCAUGUGGGGAUGCUCGAAUAUUCUCCCUUCACGAAACGUCAGGCAAUGCUUCCACUACGAAAGAAAAACCUGAAAAGAUGGACAAGUUGGAAAAAAUUUCAAAAUCUGAGGAGUUUGUCAACGACAACACGGUUGUCCCUCUUGAAGCUUUGGAAGCAAUCAAUGAGGUUAUUCCAGUCGAAAGACUUGAACACGAUGGACAAAUAGAUAUCAUUGUCUCCGAGCAACAAGAGGCCUUAUCUAUCUCUGGCUUUUCCGACUCUUGCAAAGACGAAGAUUUUGUUAUCGUUCCAACUCAAGGAAACGACAGUGGAGUUGGAUUUGAGAUCCCCACAAUUAUUGUUGAUCAAUAUGAAGGUGACAGAGAUCCGAGACGACCUGAAAAGAUCAGUGGAGACUCGUCGAGAGGUCGACUUCGAUCGAAGAUAGAGUGUGGCAUGGGAACGGUACCGAUCAAUCCAAAGAUCUUGAUACAAACGUGGGACGGGGUAAUGUCUGGAGAUCGUUUGUUGACCAUGGCCUGCUCCGAUAAGAUUCUGCGAUGGAAUGUACUCGGAAUUCAAGGAGCUUUACUCACUCACUUCAUAAGACCCAUCUAUCUCAAGUCCAUCACGGUUGGAUCCAAGUUUCAUCCAGGGCAUAUGAAGCGGGCUCUCUACGAACGAAUUGCCGACUAUAUUCAAGACCUACCCUCGCCUUAUGAACUUAAUACGCCUGACCUGUACGCCACCACCUCGCCGGAAACGCGUCAAGCAACUAAAGCCCAUGAUUAUAGCGUCAAUUGGAUUAUGAGCGAAGGUCAACCCGAGGUUGUCAAUGGAUCCACGGGAAAGACCAUAAACGAAAAUACUUCAAGACUGAGCAAAAAGUGUCUUUUUAGCCGGUUUUUGGAGCUGUGCGAAGCCAAUCAUCCAGAUCUCAAGUCAAAUCACCACUACUUGUCGCCUUCUCGCUACUCGGAAGUGAAACAAGGUGCAGAAACCUAUCAAUCGGUGAAAGGAAGACUUAACGAUGCCUUAUUUGAGGCCGGAUGCGGUCACUGGGUUGAGAAGCCAAUUGAACAGGACCAAUUUUCUAUGUAACUACUAUUUAACGAGAAGUGACCUUGCCUCGAUUGUUUCUUGUAUUGUCAGCAAAACAAAGUAAUAAUGUGAACAAACUUGUCAGGAAUCUUGGAAAGACUGGCUUCGCUUUUUAAUCAUUGAUAUUUGUGAACUUGAUUACUUGUCUCGCUUCAUUUGUGCUCGUUUCAAGAUAGUUUGCCUUAUUACUGCCUUUUCUUGUAAGUGAUGGUCACAAAGAACGAGAUGUUUCCCGUCCUUUGUAGCAUUUUCGCUAGCAAGGUUGAACAGUCGCAAUAAUUUAGACAUGCUAAACUUGGUUUAAUCGAAUAAUAAAAAAUUGAUCUCA